UUCUUCUCACAGUCUCUCUAUGGAUGAAGGCGAAUGGAAGCUGGCAUAGAGCGGGCUGCAUAAUCAUUUGUUUCACCAGGAUUUAUGUCCAUCUAUGCAGCAAUUUAUGGAUUAUGCGAAUUAAAUUUAGAGCUACCCCUGAACUGGGUUACGAUGAGCUCAGUGUGCAUCCUAAUUUGAUUUAAUUUUGUGUUUCACAGACCAGUGUUAUAUUAAUUAGGGUAGUAAUCUUUGACUGCAGCACGUUAUUUACGUCAAGUCUAUUCGCAGCAUGAACAUGGAUGAAGAUAACCGAGUGCCUGAAGAUCUUUCAUUUGAAGAGAGAGAUGAACUGUCUAACAUUAGACGAAGGAAAAAGGAGCUGCUAGAUGACAUUGAGAGGUUAAAGUUUGAGAUCUCAGAAGUCAUGACAGAGAUUGAACAUUUAACAUGUGUCAGAGAGACCAAAAGCACUCAGAGGAACAAGCAGAUUGCUGUUGGAAGAAAGAAAUUCAAUAUGGAUCCUAAAAAGGGAAUCCAAUUUCUUUUGGAGAAUGAUCUUCUGCAGCACACACCUGGGGACAUCGCUCAGUUCCUCUAUAAAGGCGAAGGCUUAAACAAAACUGUCAUAGGAGAUUAUUUAGGGGAACGAGAUGACUUCAACAUUAAGGUUUUGCAGGCAUUUGUGGAGCUUCAUGAGUUUGCUGAUCUCAACCUGGUGCAAGCAUUGAGGCAGUUUUUGUGGAGUUUCAGACUUCCCGGUGAAGCACAGAAGAUAGAUCGAAUGAUGGAGGCCUUUGCUGCUCGAUAUUGCCAGUGUAACCCAGGUGUCUUCCAGUCCACAGACACGUGCUACGUUCUCUCGUUUUCCGUCAUCAUGCUCAACACCAGCCUACACAACCCUAAUGUCAGAGACAAGCCCACAGUGGAAAGGUUCAUCUCCAUGAAUCGGGGCAUCAACGAAGGAGGAGAUCUGCCUGAGGAGCUGCUCAGAAAUUUAUAUGAAAGCAUUAAGAAUGAGCCUUUCAAAAUUCCUGAAGAUGAUGGAAAUGAUCUGACUCAUACAUUCUUUAAUCCAGACCGAGAGGGAUGGUUGCUAAAACUAGGGGGAAGAGUGAAGACCUGGAAGAGGAGGUGGUUCAUUUUGACAGAUAACUGUCUAUAUUACUUUGAAUAUACAACAGACAAAGAGCCUCGGGGGAUCAUUCCACUGGAGAAUCUUAGUAUAAGAGAGGUGGAGGAACCAAGAAAACCAAAUUGCUUUGAGCUUUACAACCCCAGUCAUAAGGGGCAAGUAAUUAAGGCAUGCAAGACGGAGGCUGACGGAAAGGUGGUGGAGGGGAAUCACGUUGUGUACAGAAUAUCUGCACCCACACCGGAGGAGAAGGAAGAGUGGAUCAAAUCCAUCAAGGCAAGCAUUAGCAGGGAUCCUUUCUAUGACAUGCUGGCUACUAGGAAACGGCGAGUGGCUGCUAAAAAGUGAGCUGUAGACCUACAGUUUGGAUUUUAAGGAUCACUCUUCAAAUGUAAACCUUCACAUGGGAUCCUGCACCCUACAGAAGGUGACAGACAGAGAGAGGCAAGAGCUCUCUGAGGAUAAAGAAGGAUAAGAUUUAAAAAAUGUUGGUGUGUGUAUAGGUCCUGUGCUAAUCUGAAGGGUAUGUACUUAAUAUUUCUCUCCAAAUUAAUUGUAUGGGGAGUAGAAUGAUGGAUACAAUUAUAUGCUGAAUUUAUGUUUGUCAAAAAGAACUUUAUGAGACUGACUCAAUAUCUGCCUAAUUCCAUUUGAGGGUCAAAUAUAGAGUGACUAGCGCCCCCUGCAGCCUACAGCAAGAACUUUACUGUCUACUAUCUCAAAUAUCCCGGUGUAGUUGUGUGGAGAUGUUCUCAAAUCAAGUCUAAUUUUAGGAUAUGGCAAUGAGUAGAUGGCCAAGAAAUGUAUGUAAAAUAUACUAAACUACUGGUGAUGAUGUCAAUUCCACUCACAUUUCUUUAAAAAAAAAAGUCUUUGAAUACAGUAAAUAAGUAAAUGAAGACUUAAGAUGCAAAAGCCUCUAAGUGCCAUCUGAAAUUUUCUUCAAAAAUUAGCAUU